AUGGCAUGCACGCUAUCACAUACCGCACCUCGACCAAACUCGCUCAUGGGCUUGCCACGCGAGCUUCGUGACAUGGUCUAUACCAACGUCUUUUCCUCUGCACAUUCAAAAAGCGGAUCUACCACUCGACUGCUUGAAUUAGACUGCGGUCAUGAGCUUCCAACCACUGUCAAACUCAACACCAUCUGCUUCGACUGGCUCGAUCUUAUGCGAACGAAUGGUAUUGUUGCAGAUGAGAUGCGAGAUCUUUAUCACAUGCAAUCCUGCUAUACUUCCGCCGCCGAUCGAACUUGGUCUAUGCUACUCAACCUCAACAACGACGAGUAUACACUUGAAUGGACAUCACUACCAUGCCCAUCAUCCUGUGUACAACACCUCUCCAUUGAUUUAAUGAUCGACCUCACGCUUUCAAAGUUCGGCCACUGGGACAAUGACAUGAAAAACAAACUCGGCAACACGUUCACAACACUCCUUGAGCUGUUGACUCGAAUCGCUAAACACGGCCCUAACAUUACCGUCUCCGAGACAUUACGUCGCCCUGUCGUUUUUGAGACUCUGAGCCUUAACAUCUCGUUCGCUGAUGAAGAGAAGUCAUAUCUAAUAUCCUCUGGUCCCGAAAGUAUUUAUAUACUUGGUUAUGGCAAGCGUCGUAUCUACAAUCAUCUGAUUGAGGAUAUGGUCACUGCAUUUGGAAGACAUGUAAUGCAAGAUAAAGUCAGAAGGAUUAGAGUACAGGGACCGAAGAGCUUAGGGUUACCGAUGACGGACAUUACGACAGCAUAG